CAGUAUUUUUGGUUACAAUACGAUCGGAGUAUUUUCGAUUUUGAUUUGUCAGUCACAAGAUUACAAGAAAAUAAAAAAUAGUCCUAUUGAAUCGCUAUCUUAUUAAUUGUAUUGUUAUGUUGUUGAAGAACAAAUAGUAUAUUCAGAUAAAUAUGCAUAAUUGAUAUAAAAAAUAAAUUAUGCAUUUAUUUGUUUAAUCUAGUUAUUUCUCUAUAUAAAAAAAGGACUACCAAUAUUUAAAGUAUAAAGUUAUUAAAGUAGAAUUAAAAUAAAAUCCUCAACAAAAUGUCAUGGAUAUCAGAAUACCAGUAUCGAUGGCACGAGACAUUCGCAAUGAAAAUCGUCAGCUGUGGGCGUGUGCCGCGGCAUAUUGCAUUUAUAAUGGACGGUAACCGGCGUUUUGCCAAAUCAGAACAUAUUCCAAAAAUCGACGGUCACUCCAAGGGAUUUGAGAAACUGGCCGAUUGCUUGCGUUGGUGUCUUGAUGCCGGCAUUAAGGAAGUUACAGCUUUUGCCUUUAGUAUUGAGAAUUUCAAACGAACUGAAGAUGAAGUAAAUGGUCUUCUAGGUUUGGCUAAAGAGAAGUUUGAAAAACUACUGCUAGAAAAAGAUGAGCUAGAGCAACAUGGAGUAAGAAUACGUGUGAUUGGAAACAUCAGUUUACUUCCUCUUGAAUUGCAACAAGUUAUUGCUAAGGCUGUACUUUGUACCGAAAACAACGACAAAUUAUUUCUUAACAUCGCACUAUCUUACACGUCUCAUGAUGAGAUAACGCAAGCAGUGGAAGCGGUGCUAUUGCAUGGUUCUGAAGAACUGAAUUCGGAUGAAAUUAAUGAUCGUCUUCUUGACGAUUGCAUGUACACCAGCAAAUCUCCUUCCCCAGACUUAUUAUUUAGAACUUCCGGCGAGAGUCGUAUCAGUGAUUUUCUUAUGUGGCAGCUCUCCACAUCAGUGCUGUACUUUACAAGAGUUCUUUGGCCACGAAUAACAAUUUGGAACUUCCUUGCGGGUAUCCUAACCUAUCAAAGAGCUUUAUAUGAUUUGGACAUUAAAGAACAACAAGAUCUUGAGGAAAAACAUCUGAUGAAAACAACCAGCCACUAUACAGAUCGAGUUCGAAAAUUUUUACACCGUUUAGAUAUGUUUCGAAGAGAUUUUCUAUUAAAGCUGUCUAAAGUGAAUUAGAAAAUAAAAAUAGUUUAUAAAUAUA